AUGGCAAGAGCACGGGGGACAAUUGCUGAAUGCCUUUCUGAAUUGCAGUCUGAAUCCCAUGAGAAUCAGCAGAAAGCUCUGCUAACCUUGGUUUCAAUCACAAAGGUGAGCCCUCAAAACCGGAACUUGUUAGCGCAAGCACAAGGUGCCGUUUCUACCUUGUUGAGCCUAUCAUCUAUGUCUUCGUCAUCAACUACUACACAACUUCUCGCGCUCUCCAUUCUCUUCAACCUCUCGCUCAAUCCUAAUCUCAAGCAGUCUCUAUCAGACAUGGACAAAAUCCUGUUUCUCAACUCAGUUAUCCUAUCUUCAACUUCAGCUGAACCAAGUAGGAUAGCAGCUUCACUUCUCUGCAGUUUGGCAAUGCUAGAUAAGAACAAAGCAAAAUUCGGGGUGGCUGGAACCGUUGAGGUUCUCAUAAAGGCUAUAUCGAGACCACGAGGCCCUGCUUCCCAUCACUUCCUGAGCACAUUGGCUGAACUGGUGCAGUUUCACGGGAAUUGCACGGUGGCUGUCCGAGCAGGGGCAGUUCCGGUGCUGAUCAAGUUAGUUGAAAAUUCUGAUUGUGAGGAUCUUGCUGGAACAUCAUUGGCAAUCCUCAGCUUGCUUGCAAGGUUUGAAGAGGGACUAACUGCUUUGAAAGAGACAGACCAAAUUGUGCCAUUAAUGAUGCAAAUUUUGAAGGGAAAAUGCAUGUUGAGUAAAGAGGGAGCUGCUGAUAUUCUACUCCGUUUAUUCGACGAAAGUGAGAGAUGCAUAAGUGAUGUCCUGAGGGUGCCUGAGUUUUCAUCUGUGCUAGCUGAUCUUUCUGUUAGAGGGUCGGUGAGAGCGCGAGAGAAGGCUAGCUUACUCAUGAAGAAGCUAAUGGAAGCUAACAUGGAUAUUGUUUAUGGCGAUAUUGGCAAUAAAACGGCAACAUAUUUGCAAUGGUAG